CAAGCAAGGGCCGUUGAUGGAGAUUGACUCGUUCAUUUCAUUGCUGUACAGUGCGUACGGUACUUACCGCCGUACAGGCCGGCACGGUAUUUUGGUUUCGAUUGUUUUCGAGAAAACGCGAACACCAAAAAGAUCGUUGUCGAUGAUCGUACGGUACGUACGUACCGUAGUACCGUGGUGUGUCGUGUGACACACCGUGCCUGAUACGGUACGGUACGGUACCCCCCUACCGUGCGGGACGGGAUGCCGCGAAGGAAUCCAUCGCAUGCAGGCAUCGAUCCGUUCGUGCGAAGCCUUCCCGUUCUCGAUCGGGCUCGGGCCGCUGCGGUUCCACGAUUGCUUGCCGGCUUGCCCGUCGCACACACACACACAAACAAACACACACACACACAAACACACAAACAAACACACAAACAAACACACAAACAAACACACAAACAAACACACAACCAAACACACAAACAAACACACACACACCCCGUGGCAUUGCCGUUGUGGCCGAAACCAAACCCAAACGCAAGGAUUGCAUUGCCCUGCCACCAACCCGGUCGGCGUUCGAAGCAUCUUCGAUUGGUGCUGCGGUCCCCCCUCCGAGAUGAAAAGCCUGCGGUACCACCGAUCCCUGGUCGCCCGAAGCAGCCACCCGGAAGCGGGCAGCGGCUGCCGGGGCACCGGUCGCGGUCGCGGCAUCCGAACCAGCAGCAGCGGGUGCCGGGAGGCGGUCCCUGCCCGGCCCGGUCCCUCCGGCCCCUCCCCGGCGCAAGCGCAAGCCCAAGCGCUUCCAAAACCCCUGCUGCUCCUCGAGGGGGAUCCCUACCGGUGCUCGGACCGGGGGAUCGCCCGCUCCCUCUACCAGCUGGCGGACGGGAAGGGGUGCCCGGGGGCCUCCCCUUCCGUGUCGAUCGAGGAACUCUACGACAUUGGGGGAUCCCGCAAGGCCUUUUUGGUGCGACGCCACUGCCAUUUCGGAUCCACCGACGGCGCCGAGAGCAAGACCUGCGCCGAGACCAAUGCCGAGACCAACACCAGCGCCGAGACCAACACCUGCGCCGAACCCAUCGAUUUGCCCCUCGGCGAUCCGAUCGAGGACAUUUCCCCCCUGUGGCUCCGGGAGAUCCCCGGGGGGGCACCAUCGGUGGCGAGGGUGGGGACGGGCGGCAGGACCUGGGACAGCUCGAUCGCCAUGGCCCUGUACCUCGGGGCCCGGCCCGAGCUCCUGGCCGGGAGGGCCGUCGAGCUCGGGAGCGGCGUCGGCCUGGGCGGCAUCCUGGCCGCCCUCCUGCGGUCGCCARAGCUGGUUCCGGCCGGYCUCCCCCCCUUUCGCUCGCUGACCCUGACGGACCACCAGGAGGAGGUCCUCCGGCGCUGCUCCGAACACGUGGCGGGGGCUCGAACAACGGCGGCGGCGGCGGCGAUUCCGCCCCUCCGCGUGGCCCCCCUGGACUGGCACGGGGUUUCCUUUGGGACCUCCCUUCAAGAGCUCCCGGACCCCCACACCGGGGGCUACGACACGGUCCUGGCCUGCGAYUGCGCCUACCGCUCGAAGGACGUUCCCGUCCUCGCGGCCGCCGUGGGGGGGCUGCUCAAACGGAAAAGGGCAUCRMGGGCCCACCUCUUCGGGCCCGUCGACCGGGGCGGCCUGGGGGACCUCCUGGCCGUUCUGAGGGACGACCCGGCCCUGGACGUGCGGACGGACACCCUCCGCAUGGUCCGGUACGGGCUGGAGGCACCGGGGGGGGACCGUUGCGGCGGCGGCGGCGGCGAUCCCCUGGAGGAGGCCACCCGCGUGUGCUCGGAGGAGGCCGCUCGCUCGGGCUGCCAAAGCAGGCACGCCUCGGCGUUCUUGCACAUCGAGGCUUCCCUCCGGUUGGACCCACACCACCACACCGGUGAUCCCCGGGAGGCUUCCCCGGCGUGGGACAUCGACUAGGCUAGCCCUUUCGAAUCUAGUAAGUAACUCACUACGGUACAAGUACUUUGCUACGUUACGUUACGUUACGUUACGUUAC